AUGGCGCCUAAGCAAAAACGCCCUGCCUACGUCCUCGGUGUGGGUAUGACCAAGUUCAUCAAGCCGCGCGGCCAGGUCGACUACACGGAGAUGGGCUACGAGGCAGGCAUCAAGGCGCUCCUUGACGCGCACAUCACCUACGACGAGGUUGAGCAGGGCAUUGCGUGCUUCUGCUACGGCGACUCGACCUCGGGCCAGCGCGUCUUCUACCAGUUCGGCAUGACCCAGAUCCCCAUCUACAACGUCAACAACAACUGCUCGACGGGCUCGACGGGCCUGUUCAUGGCGCGGAAUAUGAUCGCUUCGGGCGCCGCGGACUGUGUCAUGGUUGUCGGAUUUGAGAAGAUGAUGCCUGGUUCGCUGCAGAGCUUCUGGAAUGAUCGGGAGUCACCUUUGGGAACGUCAUUCGCGGUUAUGGCGAAGACGAGGGGCGUUGCCAAGGCCCCGGGUGCUGCGCAGCUGUUUGGGAAUGCCGGGAGGGAGUAUAUGGAGAAGUAUGGCGCGAAGGUGGAGGACUUUGCGGAGAUUGCGCGGAUUAACCAUGCGCAUUCCGUGCACAACCCCUAUUCUCAGUUCCAGGACGUGUAUACUCUCGAGCAGGUGCUCAAGUCGCCGAUGAUCCACGAGCCGCUUACCAAACUACAGUGCUGCCCUACCUCGGACGGCGCGGCUGCUGCUAUCAUUGUGUCGGAGGAUUUCCUCAACAAGAGGCCGGAGCUUCGUGAGCAGGCUGUCCUCAUCGCCGGGCAAUCCCUGGCUACCGACUCGCCCGCUCUCUUCUCCUCCUCCGCAAUCGACCUGGUCGGCCGCGAAAUGACCACCCGUGCAGCGAGCAUCGCCAUGGCUGAAGCCGGCAUUACUGCUGCAGACGUUGACGUCUGCGAGCUGCACGACUGCUUCUCCGCCAACGAGAUGGUUCUCCUGGAUGCGCUUGGCCUGGCCGAGCCCGGAAAAGCCCACGAGUUGGUCCGCGCCGGCGGCAUCACCUACGGCGGCAAGGUCUUGGUCAACCCGUCCGGCGGCCUAAUUUCUAAGGGACACCCGCUCGGGGCGACGGGCAUUGCACAGUGCGCGGAGCUGGUCUGGCAUCUGCGCGGGUGGGCAAACAAUCGGGCGUUUGAUAAGAGGCCGACCAAAAUCGCGCUGCAGCAUAACCUCGGCUUGGGCGGUGCGGCCGUUGUGACGGUGUAUAAGCGGGCCGAUGGGAAGGAGGCGAAGGUGCUGAGCAAUGAAGAGGUUGGCAAGAGGAAUGGGUUGGGAUAUAACCCCGCUGUUGAGGCGAAGGGCAUUACGAAGGAGCAAGCGGCGAAGGUUAGGAGUAAGAAGUGGAGUCCUGUGUCGAUGGUUAAGACGAAGGAGUUGAUGCAAGCUAGGGGCGGGAAACUUUAA